CUUACAAAUAGCGAUGUCAGAUAAACGUCAGUCCAUACAAUACAUGGGGUAAGCUCUUAAAGGCCACUCCAGUUGUUAAAUCCUCCAAGCUAGCGGUAUGUUCCAUGUUCAAAUACAAUUGAUUUACAUCAUGUAAACAACCCUUAAGUGAAAAAAUGAUUGGCUUAAAGGACUUGUAUCCAGGUCAUAACUGUUUAAAAAUAAUAAAGAAAUGUCAAACAGCUGAUAUCACUGACACUGACAGUGACAGCAACUAUUAUAUGUAUUACAAAACAUGAACAAAACUAUUGAAAAUUUGAUUACAAAUUACAAUAAAGUGCAUAAUUAUUUAAAGUAACAAAUGCACAGAUAUUUACCUUGUUCUCGAUCCCAUAUAAUAAAAUGCAGAAACGAUUUGCGACGCUUGCAGUAAUAUCAAUACUAAGUUUAGCACUUUGGAUCUAUUGGAGUUCAAACUUGGAACUUCAUGAAACAAUAAGACUUUUAAAAACCAGCCAAAACAGAUUUAUAAAGGACCUUAAAAUAUCACCUUUAAACACGUCAUGCGGAAAAAAUCCAUUUAUAAUUAUAAUAGUGACCUCAUAUGUUGGUCAUGUUGAACUACGGAGUGCACACCGCAGAGCUAUGCCACAAGAUUAUCUAGUGGCUAUGAAUGCUACAAGAAUAUUUAUGUUGGCAAAAAUCCCACCACAUGAAAAAUAUAUUACUCAGGCGGCUAUAGAAGAUGAAAGCAAUACUUUUGGGGACAUCCUCCAAGGCUCAUUUCUAGAAAACUACCGCAACUUAACAUUCAAGCAUUUGAUGGGUUUACAAUGGGCCUCGAAAAAAUGCAGUGAUGCCUCCUACAUACUCAAAGUAGAUGAUGACACUGUAUUUAAUUUAGAAAGAACAUACAAACUUUUAACCAGCAAAAGUAUUGAAGGAGAUUAUCUUAUUGGUUACAUGUUGAACAAUACAAAGCCAAGAAGAGAUAGACAAAAUAAAUGGUAUGUGACAUGGGAAGAAUAUCCGAGGAAUGAGUACCCACCAUAUAUGUCCGGCUGGUAUUACAUAACAACACCAAAUACUGCUGCAAGAUUAUCAAAUGAAGCAAUGUACCAUCCAUACUUCUGGAUAGAUGAUAUACUGAUCACCGGUCUUAUAACUGAAGCUCUUAACAUCAAACUUAUUCAUCUACCUAAAGGGUUUUGGCUUGAAUAUUAUGAGCUCCUUGAAUGCUGUUUAAGGGAUAUGAUAAAUAAAAAUAUUAUGUGUGAUGCUGUUGUAGGUCCAAAUGGUGGUAGGAAUAAUUUAAUUUUAGAGUUUAAUGAUGGCCUAAGUUUGUGUAAUAAGUUGAAAAAUUGUACUAAAAGAAAUGAGGAGCAGUCUCUUGAUAAAGUAUGUGUGGCUUUUAGAGAGAGAAGUAUCUUCAGCGAUGGUAAGCCUGAAGUACAAUUCAUUAAGGUAAGGUGAUCUUGGUUGACCUUUGGUGGGUCUUAUGACUUUGCAAUACAAGAGUGUUGAAAAUGUCACAUCCCUUCUCAUCUUAGGGCUUUUCUGGUGAUGCUAGACAAAAUGACAAUCAUAAAUCAACAAUUGCUAAACUAAAUGAAAUAAUGUUUCAGAAUGAGAGAUACUAUGGUAUAUAAGUAUUGACAUCUAAGGACCUUACGGAUACCAAGAAUGAUGAUAGUUCAGCGGUGUUGUGGCGUUCGCCCACGCCUAGUAGCUACGCCUCUGCUCCAAUGCGCAUGGUCUCUAUAUUAUUAUCAAACUCUUAAUGUUAUAUGUCAUUUACUAACCCUUAACAAUGUCAUCAAUUGUAAAAUUAUUGAACGCUAAAUAUUUCUAGUCUAUUUUAUACAAAUGUACGUGAAAAAAUUGACCGUCCAUUAGCAUAGUUAAUUAAGUAAUUAACAAAGUAUAAUAGUAAGUAGUAAUAUAGUGAUAAGCUUCAAUGAAUGCGUUAAACCAUUAUCAAUUGAAACCUGUAUUGCAGCAAACUCAAAAAGCUACCUCACAAUUAUUAUUAUAUUAUUAAAAAUAUAAUUUGUGAUAAAUAUGAAAUUUACAACACA